GGUUCGUGGUAAGUUUGGGAAAGUGAUGCAACUUUCUUUAAAACUCAAUACGCAGCCUGGAACACAUCAUUUCUCCACUCUGUCCACACCCGAGACACAGGUCAACACACUCCGCAGAAAUCAUGGUUAAAUACGUGGAAUCUUUGGUGAGUUUGUCUUGUUUAUUCCUGAAGAGUUGUCGUUUAUCGUUGCUUAAAGUCACUGUCUUUCGUACCUUAGAGGAAGUUUGAAGCUUCCUGAAGAGUUUUGGCGCAUCCACCCGUGAGGCUGGAGUGCCGCGUAUGUCUGUGUGGUUACAGGGGUGAGCAAGGAGGCUCUGGGAAGAGUCGAGGAAAUUUGUAUCAGUGACAUUGCUAAUAUAACCACAAGCCACCGUUUAUAUUUAAAUGUAUUAUAUUUAUGUAUUAACCAGUAUAAAUGACCUCCUACCCAAACAUAAAGCAGGUUCAAAAUGUUGAACUCAACCACACAAUAACAUUUAAAAAAACACGAUUAAAUUCUGAAAAAUAGUUUUAUCUCAGACGUAAUUUUUUCGCGUACCUUGACAUGUUUGGGUGGAAACUUUCGCUUUCCUUGGAAGAUAGCAGGGGCGAUGGCCGCUGUCUUUAAUUUCGUGUGAACUUCGUGUUGCCAAGACUCUUCCAGGCUAGCAGGUUACUCUGAAAGACAAACUGUUGGCAAAAUGUGGCUGGGCUGCUGUCCAUAAAUGAAUCAUCCAUAAAACCACAAGUGCCAGUGAUAAACGGAGCUUUAAGACAGUAGUUAUGCUUUUUAAUUAACUAUACUGUUGGAUGUGUUACACCAAGUGAAAAAAGGAAUUGAAGGUUUUCUGACGAGUUUCAGAACAAGUCAUUCACUUACACCACCAUCAAACCCCACAUAGCAGAUUGCUUGCAUGUAUUCAUGUAUUAACCAGUAUGAUAGACCUUCUACCCAGACAUAAAAAUUCAUGUCAGAAUGAAAGCAGGUUAAAAAUGUUGACCUCAAGAUUGAUUUCAACCACAAAAUACAAAAAAAAAAAACGAUUAAAUUCUUAUAAGAAAUGUUGUUUUCCUUUAUCUCAGACUUGUAACUUUUUCAUGUACCUUGACAUGUUUCGGCGGAAACUUUCGCCUUCCUUUAGAAGAUAGCAGGGGGCGUGGCCACUGUCUUUAAUUUCGUGUGAACUUCGUGUUGCCGAGACUCUUCCAGGUUAUCAGGUUACUCUGAGAUGUAAAGUAUUGGCAAAAUGUAGCUUGGCUGCUGCUCAGAGCACACACUCACAAGCCUACUUGUCUUCCGAAGAAAAAUGAAUCAGUCUAUAAAUGAAUCAUCCAUAAAACCACAAGUGCCAAUUAUAAACGGUGCUUCAUUACAGCCGUUUUUUUUUUUUUUCAAACAUCUUUGUCAGUUUAUAUUGAUAUAACAACAACAAAAAAUUGUCUGUUUUUUUAUUUUUUUAACCACAUAAUUUCCAGAAAGAAAAAGAAAAAAAUAAAAUAAAGUAGUAGUAGUUAUGCUUUUUUAAGAAUUAUUCUGUUGCAUGUGUUACACCUAGUGGAAAUGAAAAACAGAAGGUUUUCUGAUGAGUUUCAUAACAGGUCAUACACUUAAACUACCAUCAAUCCCCACACAGCAGACAGGUCUGGCUAGAGCUGGCACUGCUUGCCAAAUUCUGGUAUGGUAAGGUAAGGGGAAUGUCUGCUGGGUGUGGGCCAGGUGUGGAAAUGAUGGCACUGUUUUUAUGAUGGCAUGCCACAAAAGGCCCGAUUGUGGUUUGGUUUUGUGCGUCUCAGAUAUGACCAUGCAAAUAAAUAAAUUUAAAAAAAGAUAACAUAGAAUAAAAUGGAUACAUGAAUAUCAAAUUAAAUAAAAUUAAGUGGAAUGAAAGCGAAAGCGAAAGUGAAUGAAUGCAUAAAUUAAAAAUAAAUAUAUAUAUAUGUAUGUAUGAGUAAGUGCAUGUCCCAACUGCACUUCUCAGUUACGUUCGUCUGGCUAAGUUUCAGUGCAAUUUCACUCGGACGAACUUGUUAACAUGAAUCUUGAAAGACCAGUUUCAGUCAGACCAUUGCAGCCCUGACCCUAUAAUUUGAAUUCUUUAAGUGCAUGUGUAUGUACUGAAGGGUUUGGGUGGUGUGUUGUGAAAUUUGCUACUUACAUGGUAGAGUUGACACCGUCUGCAGCAGUUGCUGUUGCCUAGCUUUUGUGCCUGUUCUCCACCUGGUUCUUAACAAAAGAGCAACUUAGAGAACAGAGAAAUAUCCACAUGACGCAAUUCCUUGACAAUAAUCAUGACUCUAAUGCUCGGAAAUAAGUAAAAUGUCAAGCUGCAAUCUGAAGCUCAGUUUGGACAAUCGGUUCCAAAUUACAGAUGUUUAAAUUUAUGGGUUUUUUUUUUUUUUUUUAUUUCAUGUAGGACGAAUUCAAUCAAAUCCUGAAGGACGCUGGAGACAAGCUGGUGGUGGUGGACUUCACAGCCUCGUGGUGCGGUCCCUGUCAACGCAUCGCCCCAAAAUUUGAGGUGAGAAUAGACAACUGUAGCACUAAGUCGUCCAAAACAUGCAGGGCUUUACAUUGAGGCAUUUCUUCAGAGAGAGAGAUAAGUGGUUGCCAUGGUAACCUCUCUAGCCUCACUACUCUUUAAGAUUGAUUUUGGGUCUUUUCGACUUAAGUUGGAGAGGACAGAACAUUGUCUAGGGCAGGGACUUGGGAAUAGAGUGGGGAAUAUUGUACCUGAAUGGUGCCCCAGGUCAGAAUCUAACCUGGACUGUCUACAUUAGGAUCACCACAUUGAUAAGACCCGGCCAGUGACUCCCUUCAUUCUUUCUUUUUUAAUGACCCAUACUUCAUUCUCUUGCAGGCAGAGUCAAAGGAUCCUGCUAACGGGAAUGUGAUUUUCCUGAAGGUGGACGUGGAUGAAGCUGCGGUUAGUGACACAGGAGCUGUGUAUAGUAGUCCAUUUUCCUCAAUCAGCAUUUAGGAACUUAGGGCACUGACUGUUGAAGCUUGCUCACACAGUCGUUGACAGUUGUUAGGAUGUGUUGAGGUUUACUAUACUUACUAGUAAGUAUAACCAGGAACUGGGAUGUGGCAGUAUUGAGUUAAGUUGGGAAUACAGCCAAUGUGUUCAUACCAUAGACUGUAUAAACUAUGGACAACUUGGUUCCGCCUUCCGCCAGUAUGUGGAUUUGAAGCCAAAAAGCUCUUGGUAAUUCCUCAUUUUUUCUCAAUUUCCUGAAACCAACAUUGCACAGUGGCGUUGUAUGCAUUCCGCGGGAGAGUUGCCAAGAGUCACUGUGAUGACGCUGUGCUCAAACAGCGUAUCCCCAACAUCUCAAGCAGGGGGGAGAGAAAUGUAUGUUCUUUCUAAUAAAUUUCUGAAGUUUGUCCACAGCCCCAUAAACUUUGCGGGAAUUAUGACCUAUACUGCAGCCUGUCACCAGAGGGUGCUGUUCUCGCGGUGGCUUCACCCAGCGAGGAGGCACACGCUGUCCAUUCUAUAUUCAGUCUAUGGUUCAUACCCUUCUAUUAAAGAGAAGCUCUCAUUGGCCUCUCAUUUCUACAGUAUAUUUCCCAUUGAAAUGCGUGUUUGUGUGUGUCAUCUUGCGGACUGUAAAUGAGUUUUUGGUUUGUUUCGCCUCAGUCUGUCACCCUUACUUUUGUCUUCUUCGCUCUAUUAGGAUGUGGCAGAAUCUUGCAAGAUAACGGCCAUGCCUACAUUCGUCUUUUACAAGAAUGGAGUCAUUGUAAGUAAGCUACUGCACACAAACAUGAAAGGUACUUUUUUUAUUCAAGAAACAACCCUGUGAUUUGUUAGCUCUCUUUAAACAGUUUUUUACUUCACAGUACGUUUCUUUUAGUGGUAAAUGUGAUCUUGUUCAGGAAAAUAUCCUUUAAAGGCACUCUUUCCACACUUGUAAAGACUGUUAAAUUCAUGUGGCACAAAGUGGAUUGGAAAGAGUUUGAGUGACAAGAGAAAGACCACUUUCUAACCGAUGCUUUAUUUUCAACUUUGUGGUUUUCAGGUCCACAGGUUCUCAGGUAGUGAUGGUGAAGAACUUGCUAAGCAGCUGCGAGCUCUCAGGAAUUAAAAACCACCACCGCCGCCGCCAUGGUCGCACUCUUUUUACAACAAACACCACACAAGCAAAAAUCAUCAUUUUUAGUCACUUCAGUGUGAUUGUGAUGAUUGUCCAUUAAAAAUGAGGACAAAUUGGUUCCAGGCUCCAGAAUUUUUAAUAAAUGAGUUAGAGAAA